CCUUUUCGUAUGUAAUAGAUUAUCCCGCCACGAGGGUUAAGAAUUGUUUUUUUCCAUGAACGCAUGAAUGUGCAUGAACGCCCACUGCGACAGGUGAUUUUGUGCUAGUAGAGUGUCAAUUUCAAUCGCGUGAGGGCACUACCGCCUAGGCCAAAAAAAAGUCAGUGUGAUCGUGAAUUUCGAGUCAUUCGUGUUCGUGUUUCGUGUUCACUGUCCAGCCGUUUCAGCGGUCAACGUUCAGUAUACCAUACCGUGUGACGUGGGAUUUGUGUCACAAGAACUUUUAGUACAACAUUAGAAAAUAACUGAAAAUGCCGAAGAAGAAAACGGGUCAGAGGCGAAAAGCCGAAAAACAAAAACUUCGUCAAAAGGAAAUCAGAACGGCCAAGGCUGUUAUGGAUUUAGCUAAAGUUCCUGCUAAUUCGGUCAUGGAAUGUGACAAAUGUAAUCGGAAACAGAAAAGUCGAGCUUUCUGCUAUUUUUGUCAGAGCGUUCAGCGGUUACCUGUUUGCGCUCAUUGUGGGAAAAUGAAAUGCAUGCUCAAGACCGGAGAUUGCGUUAUUAGACAUCCUGGUGUUUUUACUACUGGUCUAGCGAUGGUGGGUGCUGUUUGUGACCACUGCGAAGCCUGGGUUUGCCACGGAAGACGUUGUCUGACAUCACACGCUUGUACAUGUCCGCUCAUGGAUGCUGUUUGUCAAGAGUGCGAAAGGGGUGUUUGGGAUCACGGUGGCAGAAUAUUUCGAUGUUCCUUCUGCGAUUGUUUCCUCUGUGAAGACGAUCAAUUUGAACAUCAAGCCUCUUGCCAAGUUCUUGAGGCAGAAAGUUUCAAAUGUCAAUCGUGCAAUAAGCUAGGACAGUAUUCGUGCUUGAGAUGUAAAACUUGUUAUUGCGAAGAUCACGUGAGAAGAAAGGGCUUCAAAUAUGAAAAGAAUAAAGCCAUACCUUGUCCCAAGUGCAGUUACGAAACAUCACAAACGAAAGAUCUCAGCAUGUCAACUCGGAGCCAUAAAUUUGGUAGACAAAAUCAAGCCGGCUAUGGUGAUUCCGAUGACGAGGGUGAUAGUUACGGUUAUUACGGAAACGGAAGUAGUAGUUACGGCAACGAAGCGUCCGGUGAUUACGGAGAGGAUGACGACGAUGACGAGGACGAUGAUGACGACGAAGAAGAUACAAGUUGUGAAAGCGGGGACGAGGACGAAGAUGAGGAAGACGAGAAUGAUGAGAAGGACGCAGAGGAUGAAGACACUAAGAAAAUCACGGCAAAAAACAAACCAAAAGAAUAACAUCGAUUUAAUUCAUACAAAUGUUUUAUUGUUGUUCUUAAAAAAAAAUGAUUAUUCCGUUAACCACAAUGUCAGAAAAUAAUUAAAGAAAGCAUUAUUUUCACUA